AUACGCGGGAGCAGAUCCGUGCCCAGAAGCACAAGAAUCUACGCGAAGCGGUUACGUCCUCGGAUGAGACGCUGGUGCAACUACUACUGGACAACAUUGGUCCGGAGAGGGAGAUCAUCGUCAACAUGGCCCCGGGAGGGGCCAACACGCUGCUGUUUAUAGCUUCCCAGAACGGAUCGGAACGGAUCGUACAGCUGCUGUUGGAUGCAGGUGCCGAUGGGAGAGCGCACGCAGUGACACGCUACUCGCCACUCUACACGGCGGUUCACAAUGGGCACAAAAAGGUCGCUUCCUUGCUGUUGGAACGCUUCCCGGAGUUGGUCCAGCAGUUGACCGUGGAACGGUGGCUACCGUUCCAUGCGGCCUGCAUCAACGGGCACUGCUUGGUGGUCGAGUUGCUGAUCCGGAACCAAUAUCCGGAGGAAUUGAUGAGCUCGUACAGAAUCAAAUUGCCCCAUUCCAGAGAUCCUAGCGGAGAGCUCGAGUGGCGUCUGGCGUUCGAUCCGAACACCCAGGAUGUCACCGGUCAGACUGCCCUGUAUGUAAGUUGUCUUCUAGGGAACCGGCAGUUGGUGGAGCUGCUGCUGAAUUGGAAGGUCAAAUGCGUUAGGUAUUCACUGGAAGAUGACGGAGGAGGUGGAGGAGCUAGGGAAGCGGUUACUCCGUCUAGCAAUCCGCUGAGUCCUUCGAAUAGGAGAAUUUCAUUUGGUAUUCAGUCGAUCAUGUCUCGGUUGAGCCUCGGACGCGAUCAAGGUGAAGAUCGAGACGAAAACGUGGAGCUGCGAUGUCCGUUGGAUUUGAAUAUCUUGUGUGGAGCUGCUCGGGAGACUGCCUUGCUGGCGGCCGUCCGUGGAGGAUUCCUGGAUGUAGUUACGGUACUGUUGCAGAACGGAGCGGAUCCGAAUGUGGUGGCCAGAGCCGUUGAAGACCAGAACGAUCCCAAAUCGUCGGAUGAAAUCUACGGGUUUUCUAACGUUCCACUGGCGGAAGCCACUCGACAGAAAUCCUUAGCUAUGGUAGAUCUACUUCUCAAGUACGGUGCCAAAGAUGAUCAAUCGAUCGCACUCGGUAUCGCCAUUCAAAAUGCAGAUGAACAAAUCGUCUGUAGGCUGUUGUCAAUCAAGGCUCAUGCUGAUCCGGACUACAAGAUCAACAAGAAGGCCUUUGCGCAGGAGGCAGAAUACAGCGCUUUUCCACUAGUGGGAAGCUUUACCUACAGUUCCUUAUUUCCCAGUACUGCUACCAUGAUCAAUUGGCACAGCAACAACUGUCGCUUGGCGCUUAUUAAGAUGCCCUGGCUCAGUGAAGCCGUUCUCCAGUGUAAUCCAAAACUCAAAGGUCACCCUCGAUGCUAUCAGCUAUCUCUAGGAGCUCUCACUCGCAUAGACAUCUCUCAUAACUCGCUCGCCCAUCUUCCGCCGGAAAUCUUCUCCCUGGGAAGUCUCCGGUACCUCAACGCAGCCCAGAACAAAAUUGAACGAAUUCCUCUCCCGGAAGACAUCGAAGCCUGCGCAACGUAUCAACCCCAGAAGCGCCGCACCUCUAAAACCUCUCAACCCGAAUACAACUGCCCAGUCCUGGAAGAACUCUACCUCCAGGACAACCGUCUGGAGUACAUUCCAUCUCGACUCUUCCUCCUUCCCAGUCUGAGCAUUCUCGAUGUCUCCAACAACAAACUCCAAGAACUUCCGUUCGAGUUAUGGAAGUCCCCAAAGCUGAAAGAGUUCAACGUCGCUUUCAACUUCCUCAAAGAUCUCCCAUCGCUACCAAACAUAGCUGAUUUGGGCGCAGACGCUAUCGAACCGCCAUCCCCCGUCACGGAAGCCUGCAUCUUCCACGCGUAUUCCUACGAGGACAACAGCGACUCCCUAACACGAAACCGCCACGUUGCCAGUUUGGAACUCGUCAAACAUCAUAUCUGGUCCAAGUCCCUCGAAGUGACCGACCAAGAGCUGCGACUCCCGGACUCCAAGAACGACCACACCGUUUCGCAGCUCAGCAGCCUCAAUCUUGCCAACAACCUCUUCACCAGUAUCCCCCUCGCUCUGCCCUGUCUUGCCGUAAACCUCACCCGCCUCAACAUGUCCUACAACAGCCUCCGCUCGAUGGGUCACGUGACCAGCUACCCAGCGUCCCUCAAACAACUCGACCUGGGUCACAACGAGAUCAGCUGUUGGCCCAGCUUGCCACGAAUCGCCGCUUCCGAUCCGCAUCUGAUGUGCUACAACCCGCAGGAACCGAAGAAAAACUCCUCCAAAGGCUCGGCAGCCAGCGCCGGAAGCUCCAGCACGCCGUAUACCAACGAGGUUACGGUCGUGAAGUCGUCCACCAGUUCGAACAACAUAACCUCGCUCAGGACGGCUGUGCUCAAAAGUGUCUGCGUCCAUCGGCGGCAUCUACGGUUGGAGUCCUUGCGGACGUUGGUUUUGGCGGAUAAUUCGCUGACGCGGAUUCAGCUUUCUACGGAUGACGUUACGACCUUGGGCGAAUCGGAGGAUGCGGAAUGGAGUUUGAUUGGGGUGGCCAAGUCGCGGUUGAUCUUCCCCAACUUGUCAAUGCUGGAUAUCAGCAACAACUCGUUGAAGGAAAUUCCGCCGUCGAUUCACGAGUUGACCAACCUCAGUGUGCUGAAUAUCAGCGGGAAUAUGGAUAUAACGGAACUUCCGCCACACAUGGGGUUGUUGUCGCGGCUGUGGAACCUGAACACGAGGGGUUGUUCGUUGCAGGAUCCGCUGCGGUCGAUGAUCGAGAGUAAGAAGUACAAGACGAUGGAUAUCAUCGGGUACCUGAAGUCGGUCUACGAGGAUGCUCGGCCGUACGCUAGGAUGAAAUUGAUGGUUGUGGGGGUUCAGGGCAUUGGGAAGACAAGCCUGCUGGAUCAGUUGAGGACUGAGGGUCCGACGAGGAACAAGAAGCAGGUCGAUCACUGGGCUAAACGAAUGGGACAUAAGAACAUCAAUACGAAAACCAGUCGGGGGAUUAACAUGUCCACUGUGGGAGUGGACAUCGGGGAUUGGGUAUGCGAGAAGAAGAUCCGAGGGCAUUCGACGCAUGGACCGGUGGUGUUCAGAACUUGGGACUUUGGAGGACAGAAGGAGUACUACGCUACGCAUCAGUAUUUCCUGUCGAAACGGAGUCUGUAUUUGGUGUUGUGGAGGAUCAUUGAUGGACGGAAAGGAUUGGCCGAGGUUUUGCAGUGGUUGGGUAAUAUCCAGGCAAGGGCGCCGAACUCUCCGGUUAUCAUUGUGGGAACACAUUACGACGCAGUUGGGGAAACAUUGCCAGCGAAGAAGGCAGAAGAGUUGCAGCAGAUCAUCCGGGAUCGGUUCAUAGCGGUGUCCGACGCCGAGAAAAUAGGAUUGCCGAGGGUUUUGGAUUCCAUCGAGGUCAGUUGUAGAACCGGUCACAACAUCAAGCUGUUGGCGAAUCUGAUCUACGACACGGCGUUCUCUUUGCGACCUCCGGGUUGCAAAGAGCCUCUACUGUAUCAACGAGUUCCGGCGAGCUACUUGGCGCUGGAGGACGUCGUGGGUGCCAUAUCUACUUCGUUGAGACAGUUCGGAGCAGAUCCAGUGCUGGAUGCCGAACGGUAUCGACUGAUGGUCACUCAGGAGAUGCAACUCAGAGGGUUCAAGGGAUUCCGCGAUUGGUCGGAGUUGAAUCAGGCUACCAUGUUCCUGCACGACAAUGGCGUUUUGUUGCACUAUGACGACGCGACGUUACGUGACCUGUACUUUUUGGAUCCGCAGUGGCUAUGCGAUAUGUUGGCUCACGUCGUUACAGUUCGGGAGAUCAAUCCGUUCGCCAGGACCGGGGUCAUGAAGAUGGACGAUCUACAGCAUGUGUUCAAGAGUUCCAGCCUGGGAAGCAACGAUAAUCGAGGGUACAUUGUCAGCUUGUUGAACAAAUUUGAAGUCGCAUUAUCGUGGGAUGCAAGAACUCUACUUAUUCCAUCGCUUCUUCCCCUGGAGGAAGAUAGCACCGCAGACAGGGUUGUCACUGUAAAGAUCGCAACACGCUCCAAAGGUUGGGUUAUGCGAACCCAUCGGAACCCCCUGAAUACCAAUCUCCCCACGUACGAACCGGUCACAUCGGAACCCCAAACGCCCACCCUGAACAACGCCUGCGAUAUCCAAACCUUACCGCGUCACGAACAAACUAUCUCCCGUCUCUUGCUGAUGUCCUACUUCCCAUCCGGCUUCUGGUCCCGCCUCAUAACCCGAGUCCUAGCCGACGAUCAGGUCGUCGAAGCCAUUCGGUCGCUUUACCCCCUGCCCAAGGACGUCGCAGCCGAUCCGGACAUCAACCAAGUGCUGAACAUGUCCUCGCACUGGGCCGUUUGGCAAACCGGACUGGCCUUGUACUACGGCUCUACGCUGGUGUUCAAAAUGCGGGAGAUCUCCGUGACCUGUCCGACCUCGCCCUAUCGCAAUCCGAUGAACCGCUUCAAGCUGAAGCAGGAUGGCAUUUGGUGCGACAUUGAUCUCACUUCGACCUCGAUCCUGGAGAUAUACUUCCCGUUUAACGCCCUGAAGAUUAGGAAGCUGGACGAAGUCGGAGCGGAGCUGGCUGCGGUGGAAAUCGAGGUCAACGUUCGGUGUCUGACGCAGCUGUUGGCGCUGAGCGUAGAUCACAUUGAUCUGCUGUUGGAGGAUUGGUACCCGACGUUGGGUACAAGAUUUGUGCAUACCUCGGAGGGACGGUUUUUGGUUACUCGACUGGUUCCAUGCCCUAAGUGCUUGCGGGAUUGCGAAGACCGACAUGUUCCGAAUUUCCCCUCGCAGGUCAAGUCCAGUUCCGGGGCGAUGGGCAGUCAACGGCCCAUGAUGCACAAACGGUUGAGUUUGGAUCGGAGGCAGGAGUUUGGAGAGCCCAGCGGGUUGAACGAGUUGCCCGGGAUAUUGAACGACUUGGUUCCUACGCGGAAGUCUCAGGACUCGGUUGGGUGGUCCGAUUGCGACUCGGGGGUAGGGCAGGAAUCGGCAGAUAGCUCGAGGGCUACCUCCAUCGAGGGACAUCCGCUUGUGAAUGCUGGCGAUAUGCCAGGACCUCCGAGCUACUCGUGGAUGGUAGAGGAGUGCAUUCUGGCGGCGUACGAUAAGAAGUCGGUGGCGUGUCCGAUACAUGGGGAGAUUGAGCUCAGCCGGAUUACUCCGGAUGUGAACUUCCUGGACCUUUCGGAGAACUACCUGAUCAAGUCCGGUGACAUCACCCGAGGGCCGCUCCUGGGACGGGGUGCGUUCGGGUUUGUGUUCAAAGCGACCUGUAAGACCCGCGGUUCCAGGACGACCAUUCCGGUAGCGAUGAAGAUGCUGCAACCGGUCGCACCGGGUCCUCGGGCUCGCCAAAGUGCCAUCAUUGCGUACAAAGCUGCCCUCGGGAAGUGGGAGCGGGAUCCUCUGCAGCAUUCGUGCAAGGCUUACUGCACGGCCAGGCAGGAGCUGGCGGUUCUGCUGACGCUGCGACACCCGAACAUCGUGCCGUUGAUUGGGGUUUGUACGCAGCCGUUGGCGUUGGUGUUGGACCUGGCCCCGAAGGGUGCGCUGGAUGCCGUGUUGCGGCACUUCCGACGGAGUGGCGCUCGCAUCGGUCCUUACUGCUUCCAGUCCUUGGUGCUGCAGGCAGCCAAGGCCAUGGAAUAUCUGCACCGAAGGAGGGUAAUCUACCGGGAUCUCAAGGCGGAGAACAUCCUAGUUUGGGAGUUUCCCGAACCGCAUGCCGAUGACCACCCGUCGAACGCGGUGCACAUCAAGGUGGCCGAUUACGGCAUCAGCCGGAUCACGCUUCCAUCCGGUUCCAAGGGCUUCGGGGGUACCGAAGGCUUUAUGGCGCCGGAAAUCAUGCGCCACAACGGCGAGGAAGAAUACACCGAGAAGGUCGACUGUUUCUCGUUCGGGAUGUUCCUGUACGAGCUGAUCGCGCUGCGGCAACCGUUCGAGGGUCACGAAGCCGUCAAGGAGUGCAUCCUGGAGGGUGGCCGACCGGUGCUGACCCAGCGGGAGACACACUUCCCGUCGUACUGUUUGGAUUUGAUGGUGCUGUGCUGGGACCAGCAGCCGAAGGUGCGACCGUCGGCCAGUCAGAUUGUGUCCAUCGCCAGUGCGCCGGAGUUUACCCAUCUGGUGGAUAUAAUCUCGUUGAGUCAUCCGGGGAACACGAUGGAUGGGAUAGCUUGUCCGAUUGCCAACGUGGACGAUGAGACGACGAUUUCCGGCCACGAGCUGUGGUUGCCCUGCUCCAAUUCGAGGAUUGACAUACUGCAUGGGUCGUUGAAGGGUUGGCAGCAGUACCAUCGGAUAUUGUGUCCCCAGAUCGGAACUCCGGUGAAAUCGGCGAACGGGAGCGGAUAUCAUUCACAACCGACGACGCCUCACCAGGUGAAGCAGAUCAAGCUGACGACGGCGUGCAUUGUGGAGAAGGCCGUGUGGAUCGGGGACGCGGAAGGGAAUAUCUACGCGUUCAACGCUUCCGACUGUGGACACCUGUUCUCGUACGCCCUGGAACCUGCGCAACCGUGUCCGGUAGUGGCGUUAGUCUACCUGAAGAAGUUCAGUCGAGUUGCCGCGGGUUUGGAAAAUGGUCGGAUGUUCCUACUGGACUCGACCCUAACACCGAGUACUUCCGUUUCGGCUGAGGGUAGUUUCGUGCUGUCGGAGCUCGGUUCCGGGGAGCGUCUGUACAGUGCUUGCCCGCUGUGGAAGAACGAAAGCGAGUGCGAACUGUGGUGUGGCGAAACCGAUGGGGCAAUGAAUGUGUUCUCGCUGAAGAAUACCCACGUUUCCGGUCAGCACCAUCUGACCCACUUCCAGACGCCGCUUCCAACCAGGGGUUUAACCGUGGCCCUGCUAUGCGCCUCGGACGAUUGGGUCUACUCCUAUGUCGCUCCAGGUUGCAUUCUGUACCAGUGGCGAUCGACCGGGAAGCAGAUCGAGAACCGCUUGGACUGCUCGAAACUGGUACCCUGCUCGGAGAGCCUCAAGAGCAUCGCCAUCGACGAACAUCUCAGCCCCGGAAAAUGCCAAAUAUCCGCGAUGGCCGCCCUAAACGGAGAACUAUACGUCGGAACCACGUGGGGUUGUAUCAUCAUCAUAGAGAAGCAAACCCUGCGACCAAUUACGAUAUUCCGUCCGUUCGAGGAGGACGUCCGGAGCAUCGUUCCGCUGUACGGCGGUCCGACUCCGAUGUUGGUCACUCUGGGGCGCGGCUAUCGGUCUCUGAUCGAUCGCUACACGGACGUGACCACCGGGCAUGUGACGACGCCGUCGGCCGGUGCUCCGGAUAAGCGCUUGAAGGAAUCGCUGCUGAAGGAUCGGUCCAACAACAUGCAUGCCUUGAUCUGGACGGCCGAGCACUGGACACCGAUCUAGGAAUUUUAACGUGUUUUUCAGGUAGGUGUUUCAAAUUUUUCUGUGAUUUAUGCGAAUUAAUGAGAAUAGCUUUUAAGCCUUCAAAUGUUCCCGACGUUCGAAUAAUUGUAAUUUAAAAUUCCUUUACAAAGACGUGUUUUCGAUUGUGAGAGAUAAAUUAAAAACCAAAAAGAUUUAAUCCAUACAAAAA